GGUGUGGAAGGAAAUGAACUUGUCUGGUUUAGGAGCUUAGAGCCCAGUGUGUGGAAUAAAGAGCCAGACAUGGGACCUGAGCAAAGCCUGGGAGCUACACUGUUACUGCUGCAGCUGCAGUUGUCACUGCUUUUGUCCCUGUCCUGGGGAGCCACUCCAGCAGCAUUGACAUCGUUACUCGGAGAGAGCCUACAGAACCACACAUUCUCUCACGCGGUGUUCUGCCAGAAUCAGGAGCCCUUCCUUGGCCUGACAGAGACUUUUGAUGGGGAUCUGCUCUUCUCCUUUGAUUUCUCCAGGAACUCCUGGGUGCCCCGGCUGCCUGAGUUUGCUGCUUGGGCCGGUGAUGAGGGUGACCUCCAGGCCAUAGAUUUUGACAAGGCGUUCUGUCAAAACCUGCAAAAAGCACUGAGUCGAAUUUGUGAAGGCCAGAUCCCUGAGGCUAGAGGAAACCCUGUGGCAGAAGUUUUCACUCUGGAGCCCCUGGAGUUUGGGAAGCCCAACACUCUCAUCUGCUUCGUUAGUAACCUCUACCCCCCUCACAUAACCGUGACCUGGCAGCACGAAGGAGUCCCGGUGGAAAGCAGCAGCCCCACUUUUCUCUCAGCCGUCGAUGGACUUGGCUUCCAGGCCUUCUCUUAUCUGAACUUCACACCCUCAUCCACUGAUGUCUUCUCUUGUACUGUGGCACGGGAAGGUGACCUCUUCAGCACCAUAGCCUUCUGGGUACCUCAGAAUCCGAUACCUUCUGCAUUGUUGGAAAACAUACUGUGUGGCAUUGCCUUUGGCCUGGGCAUUGUCGGCAUCAUAGUGGGUGCUGUCCUCAUCAUCUGCUCCCAAAAACCAUGUGGACGAGGUGCAGACUGAAUUGUUGGUGCCUGAGCCUGGCUUUCUUUACUUCUGUUGCAACCACUACUACAGGAGGCAUCCUAGACUCACAUACUCUUUCUAGGGGAUUUCCUUCUGAGGGGAGAUGGGGUCCCCUUGAACUGAGAAUCCACAUAGCAGAGGCCCUUCCACUGGAGAUCUCAGAGGUGCCUAUACCUUACUACUGAGGGGCUGGAAAGGGGGUUCACCUAUUACACCUUCCCUAUUGUGCCAAUAAAGGUUGUUUGUUAAUGUC